AUUGAGGGUAUGUGGAAAGUAGGAAUGUCGGAGGAGGUUGGAAAAGCGUUACAAGCGGUGGUAGACAGGGUAAAUCAAGCCGCGGCACGUCGACCCAAGACGUUGCCCGUGGUGCCGCCCCGCCUGGUAGCUGUAAGUAAGACGAAACCACCUGACAUGGUGAUCGAGGCAUACCGAAAAGGACAUCGCAACUUUGGUGAAAACUAUGUGAAUGAACUUGUGGACAAAGCCUCAAAUCCUCAGAUUUUAGAAUCAUGCCCAGAAAUCGAGUGGCAUUUUAUUGGCCAUUUACAGAAGAAUAAUGUCAACAAACUUUUGGGUGUACCAAACCUGUUCAUGGUGGAGACAGUGGACUCUGUCAAGUUGGCCGACAAGGUAAACAGCUCCUGGCUGCGGUUGAGAACAGCUAGUACGCAGACGUUAAAGAUCAUGGUUCAGAUCAACACCAGUGGGGAGGAAAGUAAACAUGGACUGCCUCCUGAUGAGACCGUGACCACAGUGAAACACAUUUUAUCCAAAUGCUCUGCCCUACACUUCUCCGGACUCAUGACCAUUGGUCGCUAUGGCUACGACCUAGCUGAUGGCCCUAACCCAGAUUUUCAGGCUUUGCUGAGUCGGCGACAGGAAGUGUGUGCCAGUCUACAGCUGCCGCUUGAAGAUGUGGAGCUUAGUAUGGGCAUGUCCACUGACUUCGAACACGCGAUUGAGGUGGGUUCAACCAACGUGCGAGUGGGUAGUACUAUUUUUGGGAAUAGGGAUUAUCCCAACACUCCCACUCCCAGUCCAGAGAAAAAGUCCAAGGUUCCGACAGAAGAGACAGCUAAGAAGAUGGAGCGUCUCACUGUGACAGAACAGUGACGUUUCUCCUUCCUACACUCACAACGGGCUGAAAAGAAUUUAGUAUUUUAUGAGAUUUUCUGGAGAGAAAAAAACAACAGCAAGUUUCCACAGUAUGUCUUUAUGAUGUCUUUGGUUGAUGUAGUAGUUUUCUACAAAACCCAUUCAUUUAUUUGAGCAUUUUUAGAUGACGUUCGAUCUUUUAAGUUGACAUUACAAACUUCUUCUCACAUUAGACAUAGAUUCUCAUUAAUCAAUUGAUGGUAUUGGAUAUAAGAAGUUCCCUACCUCACAUCUUGAUAUUGUGCCAACCCUAGAUUCAAUAGAUACCGUUUUACACGAUAACGGAAAUAGAGAUCAUUUGGAGAGUCAAGCAGAGGUCGACUCUCUCGACUCUUAUCAUGACGUAUGGUAUUAUGAGUCGAUUAAAUUGUUUUGUAUGGUGUCAGAAAUUUGACGUUUUUAUAAUUGAUAAACCAAAUUAGAAAACGGCAGGUAAAGAGUGAUUCAUACCAUAUGUUUACGUUGCCGUAUUAUUUCAUUUUGUGUGAUGUCAGUGAUUCUUCUGGUCUGAAUUAUUUGUUGGUGCAGUAAAAGAUUUAAGAAUGAACCUAUGCAAAGAGGAAAUAGUUUAGUUUGUUCUGUUAUGAGAUUUUCUAUCCUAUAGUUAUUAUGGAACAAUAAUGCUGUAGUUACCAUCAAUGUAAAACUAAAUCCAUAACUAAGGGUGAUAAUGAUCACAUUCAGUGAAUUGUAUUGCAAAACAUUCACUUAAACAAGAUACAGGGUUAAAUUGAUACUGAGGAAGGUGACAAGCAAUAAAAUAUUUAUUGAAAAGAACUGUUGUGUUAAAUUUUUAAUAGGAAAUGUAAAUGAAUGUUCCAUAAACAAAGAACCACAGAUGGGAAUCAAAUACUUUUUCCAUUUUUAUUGAGUACAUUGAAAUGACAGCCAACCAAAAGUAAAAACCUUAAUAAUGA